AUGCGUGUUGAUGCAGCGGAGGAGAAUGAGGCGGUAGUGGAUCAGAUGGAAGUGGAAAACGAGGAAUACAUUGCGCUUGUAGUGGAAGGAGAAGAUACAACACUGUGGGACAACGAAACUUACAUACCCGAUAAUUGGACGACCAUAUCAAUGAGUCGUAUGAAGGUAAACGAUGGUUUAGAUGCCCACUGGUGUUAUGAUAGUAAGCAGGUGAAAGUUGGACAGAUGUUUCAUGACAAAGGUCACUUACAAGAUGCGGUGAAGAGGUGGGCAUUUGUCCAGAAGCGUAUGGCUGAUCAAAAUGAUGGGCAGCUGAUAGACAAGGAGAUCGAUAGGAACCAUCGAUCGCGACGUCUUAGUACAGGAACUUUCUGCAAUGUGCUAAAGAUGCGAGGACCGGAUCAAUAUUGGCGUAUUGAUCCUCGUUGGGUUCCAAGGCUGAGAGCAGCUGGGUUGUUGACGUUUGCACGGUUGGUCGAGCCUUCACGUGCAAGGUCCGAACGAAUCCACAUUGACGCGGCGCUUAUGAGUGCUCUUGUCGAUAGAUGGAGGCCUGAGACCCACACUUUCCACCUCACAGUUGGAGAGAUGGUGCCCACUCUGCAGGAUGUGUCUUAUUUGUUGGGGCUGCCGAUAGCUGGGCCAGCAGUUGGCCCAACAAUGGUGAAUGCUGGAUGGGCGGAUGACCUUCUGGCCAGUUUUGGUGGUGUGCUGCCUGUUGCACUGGAGGAUCUCACAGAUGGGCACGGGCCUACGAAAAGUUGGUUGAAUCAGUUUCGACAGGAUGUCUUCCCUGAUGACCAGGAGGAGUGGAUCGUGCAGCGGCACUUAGUCGCUUACCUGUUGUGGUUGUUUGGAUGGGUGAUGUUCACGGGAACUCACGCUGACUCCGUGGACAAGCACUUCAUCCACUUUGCGGAGCAGAUUGCAGAGUUACCUAUCGCGGAGAUUCCACAGUACAGUUGGGGGUCGGCGGUACUUGCGGCGACAUAUGCCGGACUGUGUGAUGCUUGCGUGAGGAACAGCAAGCAAAGUUCACUCCCUGGAUGCUCGUUGCUACUUAUGUUGUGGGCGCACGAGCGCUUCGACAUUGGGAGGCCUCAGCUUGACUCGUACGCAAACUACGGUUUGCGAGAGAUGUACAGGUCUGGUGUUGAUGACAUCGACGAUCGUCCCACUAUGGGAUCCUUGUGGACACACCGUGAGCCGCAGUGGGUUAGCGGGACGACACGUCGUGUCUACACUCAGUUUGUAGCUGACUUUGAUCAGCUUACGCCUGACCGUGUUCGGUGGACUCCCUACACUCAGCACGAUGUCAAUGAUCGUGCACCGCACGGUCUCGCGGAUCUUUGCACGCGAGAUAUGCAACUCUGGAGGACGACUUGUCACCUCGUGGUGGACGUGCACGUCGAGCCACACAAUGUCCACAGGGUUCUCAAACAGUUGGGCAUGUAUCAGGACUUCCCUCCGAGAGAUGGUCGUCCUUUGGCUGAUAGUCUUCAUAGGUACUCCAGAAAGGGGCUCGGGCUUUCCUACGAGCUAGUUAUUGUGACCACAGUUCAGCUGACGGUACAAGAGUGGGAGCACGCAGCUGAUAACUUGGCACUUCAGACACCUCCAGACGAUGGGAGUUAUUAUGGAGCUUACCUUCGUUGGUACCGCAGUGUUACACGAUGGAGGUGUUUUCCUCCACAAGGAGAUAGCACCGUCCCCCACCAGGCAGCGAUUACUGACACGUUUGCCCCUCAGCCUAGAUCAGCUUACAACUCAAUGGCGGAAUUUGUUGAGCACGUUCACGUGGAGUCCGACACCCUGCUGCAAAGACUAGAGGCGAGACCUCCAGUCGUCAGGUCUGACGACGUGGGAGCAUCUGGGUCGGCACACUUCCCUUACAUGCCAACGGGGGACAACGUGUUGAACACACCAGCAUGGGGACUUCAUAUCACUCCGCGUGCGCCAGAGCAGGGCCACACACAGCACACAUACGAUGAGUACGGUUCGGCGUCGACGCAUCACGGAGUGCCUGCUUACUCCCCUCGCACAGCAUUCAUUGAGGACUUCUUUUCCACUGAUCCUCCCCAGGGGGAAGUAGGGAUGGAUUACUGGCACGCAGCACCUCAGGUCACACAGCCGACGCAGGAGACGGAGGCCGGUCAGGGGCCAGACGUGACACCACAGCAGGCAGCUAGAGAUAGGCACCCCCCUGAUAAUUUGACAUAUCCCACUGAGCAGAUUAGGCGUAGGAAGAAGGGAGGACCUAGCAAGCGUGCGAAGGGCACUGAUCGUCCUUGA